CGGGUGACGUCACGGGGCGAGAGGUCGCAGCUGGUGGCGCGAGGCGGCAGGCGAGGGGCAGGAGGCGCCAGAGGUCCCUCAAGCGUAGCGAGGGCGGCCCCACUCCAGGGUGGAACCGUGCAGUGAUGGUGAGGACCAAGAAGAAGAUCACAGCACGGAGUGUGAAGUCCGUGAAACUCGAGCGAGCCAAUGAGACUCCAGAGGAGGAGUUGGAGGAGGCUGCCCAAGAUUCCUCCGAGUACCUGGACGACGCGGACCAAGGCUACAUCAAGAUGGAGUUCUCGGACGAGGACGUAGACCAAGACGAGGCGGCAGCGGCGGCGGUGGGCCCGCUGUGCGAGCGCUGCAAGAAGGACGGUGUGGGCACGGCACGGGGCCGUCUCGGCGCCCACGGCCAGCAGAGCCGACGCGCCUGCGCGCACUGCGGCAAGUCCCUGCACGGCGCCACCUGGUCCAUCAACCGGCAGCAGAGGAGGAGGACGGCGACGACGGUCGAGGAGCGGCGACUGCGCUCGGCCCGGGCGUCCGGCAAGGUCUCCGCGCAGGCCAACUCGAGCAGCAGCAGUAGCAGCAGCAGCAGCGUCAGCAGCGGCAGCAGCAGCAGCGGCGGGGGCAGCGGCGGCAGCGGCAAGCCGGCGAGCGCGGCGCAGAAGGUGACGAGCGUCACGAGCGAGGUGAGGCACGUUUGCGACGAGUGCGGAAAGCUCUUCUCGCACUACUUCAAGCUGAAGCGCCACGUCAAGACCCACACGGGCGAGAAGCCCUUCUCCUGCAAGGAGUGCGGCCGCGGGUUCACGCGUCGCGCCGUGCUGGAGACGCACGCCAAGAUGCACACCGGCGAACGCCCGCACUCGUGCGCCGAGUGCGGGCGGGCGUUCCUGCACGCGUCGUCGCUGCGCGUGCACGCCAAGAAGCACUCGGGCGAGCGGCCCUUCUCGUGCGGCGAGUGCGGCAAGGGCUUCACGCAGCGCUGCAUCCUGGACGCGCACGCCAAGAUCCACACGGGCGAGAGGCCGCACGUGUGCGAGGUGUGCGGCCGCGGUUUCCUGCACGCCUCCUCGCUCAAGGCGCACGCUCAGAAGCACACGGGCGAAAGGCCGCACGCGUGCCCCGAGUGCGGCAAGGGCUUCGCGCAGCGCUCCCACCUCAAGAGGCACGCUCGAUCCCACUCGGGCGAGAGGCCGCACGUUUGCGACGAGUGCGGAAAGGCGUUCACGCGGCCCUCCAUCCUGGCGACGCACGCGCGCACCCACACGGGCGAGUGGCCGCACGCGUGCGACGAGUGCGGGAAAGGCUUCGCGCACCGCUACAACCUGGAGACCCACUACAGGACCCACACGGGCGAGAAGCCGCACGUGUGCAAGGAGUGCGGCAAGGGCUUCUCCUGGAUCAACAACCUCAAGAGGCAUUCAAAAACGCACUCCGUCGACUGGAGCAAUUGAGAGUCGGGACGGCUGGCCGGGUGGCCGGGGGGCGGAGGGGUGGUCGGGCGGUGACGGUGGUGGUGGUGGUGGUGGCCGGACGGUGGUGGUGGUGGCCGGACGGUGGUGGUGGUGGCCGGACGGUGGUGGUGGUGGCCGGACGGUGGUGGUGGUGGCCGGACGGUGGUGGUGGUG